GCCACUCCAGUAGAAGGGCGAGUGUAAGAAUGCCCGCCGAUAUCACUUCAGCCUUAUGGGGCUGCGCGACUUGAUCCGGCAGCUCCCGUCUCCGCAUUUUUGAGCUUAUCCGCACUUCACGCGUACGGCGCAACAAGUAAGAAUUUUCGUCACGACGCUGAAGACACGAUCCCUUUGACGGUCACGGUGUCUUUCGCGCGUCAAUGUGCGCGGGCUGCGACCAUGUUCGAGUUUCACGAUGAGGCAUCACAGCAUGAAAAAUGUUAUGUUACCGUCGGCCAGCUUCCUCGCUUCGUGGACCCGAAGCAACCACCAACAAAAAAAUCGCCCUUUUCAGCCAUUCUUUCCCAUUCAUACGUACACACGACAGAAUUGAUCUUACCCCGAGAGAUCUAUAACGCGAUCUGGGAGUCGGUAGACUCAAAGCUCCAGAGACUCCAAUAUGCCAAGGUCAUACUUCCUCUUUCUUCUUUGCUCGAGGGCGAAUUCUUCAACAAAUAUAUCAAGACGAGUGAUGUAUUAAUGAUUUCUGAGGGACGUUCGGGAGUAGAUGAUGUGUUUUCUCUCCGCAACGGGAUUUUGAGACUUGAACUUGGAAGAGAGUCCUAUGAAAAGAGUGGACUUAGCGGGAAACCCAUCCGUAGUGGGGGAAGAAAACAUGCAAAGGAGAGGUACCUCGUUGAGAUCAACCUGCGGUUACCAUCCAUGCUGCACGGAAAGAAAGGAUUCGAGAGGAUUGUUUGGGCAUUUAAGAAUGCACUCACUACAUCGGUUACUUGGUUGUUCUGUGACCUCUCCUCAGAGCCAAACUAUACAGGUCAAGGGAGUCCGUUGGAGAAACACCACCCCACCAUUGUCUCUUGCUCUCCAUUGCGGAAAGAUUAUCAUGAUGUUUUAGUCCCACCAAUCGACAUGGGAGGUCUUGUAGAUGCAUCUCAAGACGAUGUACAGGACUUAUGCCAGGAAUUCUCAGAAUGGAUUGCACUUGUCUCGCUAGGCUCACCACGGGUGGUGGCUGGCGAUAGUGUAGAUCCCUAUCUAAGCCGGUACAGCGUGCCGCAGGUCGAGAUCAGUAAACCCUCGGAUCUAGUCAGUCUGAAAUGGCGCGGCCUCAUACCUUCUCAUUGGAUCAGCCAGUUAUUCACGCUAUUGCUACGUGAAAUGAGCCGUACUUCUACAUCAACAUUUUGGUUUGCCCUAUCCGCUAAUUCUCUGGGAAGAGAAGCCGUUGAAAGCAAAGAUGGCUAUACAAUAAUAUCGUUACCCUCGACGCUUGGUCCCAAAGAAACCCCGAGUGAUGGCCUUGUCCCAGGGGAAGGACAACCAGUGAAUGAAGGCUCUAGGCAGGAGCGACACUUCAUUUGUUGUGAGUAUGUCGGCGCAUCAAUAUGUACAUAGAAGCGAAAGCUAGAGCUGCCCCAUACGGGCCCGUGGAUUUGAUGGUGCUCGAGAGGCCCCUUCAUUGCAAAGGGACGUAUUGAUGAUGAUUCUAGCUCUAGGUAGCAAGCCAUCUGUUGAAGGCCUGAAUGCCUGUAACUCAUUUCUGGUCCCUUCUCCUGCAAAAAGUUCUCUCCACACUUCUCAUCUAUCUUUAUUUCCAUUCAUCUCUAUCCACCAGUCACUUGCUGCAUUGCAUCUUUAUCAUUCGUUUCCAAACAUCCA